AUGAUGUUGGAUAUUACAGGUGUUAAAAUGGAUCAGUUACCUUUUAUACAAUUAUCUUCUACUGGUGGUUUCAUAAGAAGACAGGAUCGUAAGCCUAGGAGUAGGAAUAAUUUGGAUUUAUUAACAGCAGAGAGUAAUAUUCAGGAUAGCUUACAAGAUGAAUUGAAAUCCAAAUUAUUGAUGGAAAAUAUUCCUAAUUCUUUUGAAAAUCUGAUUCGUGUUGCAGAGAAUCAAUUUAAGAAUAACAAUGGUCCAAAAAUUGAUUUAUCUUCAUCUGCAGCUAUCGAUUCUCAUCUAUCUGAUAACUUAUUAUUCGAAAAAUCUACAGAUGGUAGUGCCUCAAAGCAAAGAAAGAGGAGGCUACCUGAAUCCUCAGAAAAUAGAAACCCAAAUGCAAGAAAGAAGAAGCAAUGUCCAGAUUGUAAAUUAUUCUUUUCAAACUUAACAACACAUAAGAGGACACAUUUAGCUCCAGAAGAUAAACCAUUUAAAUGUCCAAGUUGUAAUAAAGGCUUUUCAAGAAAUUUUGAUUUUUUAAGACACCAGAAAGAACACGUUCAGAAGGAUCUUUUAACUGCAAAAGACCCACUAAUGUCGGAACAUGAUAGAUUAGUAGCAUUGCAUAACACCGGCGACAUAUUCAGAUGUCCUUAUAAUGAAAAACUAAUAAAUAUAGAUUUGGAAUUGUAUAAACAUAAAUUUCAACCGAAAACUGCAUAUGUUAAAAAUUGUCAUAGCACCGGAUUAUUUUUAAGAAAGGAUACUUUAAGGAACCAUUUAAGGGCACACCAUUUUAAUUAUGCUGAUUUAACAUUACCCAAGAGAAAAAGUAUAACUUCUCCAGGGAAUUGCGGGGCCUGUGGGAAAUGGUUUGAGAAUACGACUACUUGGACAGAUGAACACGUUGGUAAGGAAUGUGGUUAUAAGUUCCAUUGA